AUGGCUGACCCAGGGGAGGAUUUUUCCGCCUUGCCAUUACCCGAUCGAUUUUCGCACAAGAACUGGAAAGUCCGCAAGGAGGGCUACGAAGAUGCCAAACAACAGUUUGAAAAGUCGCCGGAUGAGUCCGAUCCUGUUUUCGCGCCGUUCAUACAGGAUCCUGGCUUGAUGAAGGGCGCUGUGGCCGAUUCGAAUGUCGCGGCUCAGCAGGAGGGUCUUGGGGCUUAUUGUUCGUUUUUGAAAUUUGCUGGGGUGCAGGCUUGUACUAGAACCCGCCAGUACACAGUCCCUGCUAUCGUCGAAAAAGGCCUCCCCCAGACGAGACCCGCGGCCAAGGCGAGUGCCAUCGAAGCACUUCUCCUUCUGGUUGAACUGGAAAAGUCCGACCCCGUUAUCGAAGAAAUCCUACCGGCGCUGUCACACAAGGUACCCAAGAUCAUUGCUGCGACGCUAGCGGGACUACGGGCCAUUUACCACAACUUUGGCUGCAAGAUUGUCGACCCCAAGCCGGUCUUGAAGGCUCUGCCUAAGGUCUUUGGCCAUGCCGACAAGAAUGUCCGCGCGGAAGCACAGGGCCUCACCGUUGAGCUGUACCGGUGGCUGCGUGAGGCCAUCAAGCCGCUCUUCUGGGGCGAUCUGAAACCGGUCCAGCAAGCAGAUCUGGAGAAACUGUUCGAAAGUGUGAAACAAGAACCGUCUCCCAAGCAGGAGCGACUGACCAAGGCGCAGCAGGAUGCGAUGGCGACUGCCAGCGCUGCUCCGGACGGGGGCGAGGUCGAAGACGGCGGGGAAGAAUACCCCGAGGAGGAGGAAGGGGACAUCGACGCGUACGAUCUCGCGGAGCCAGUGGACGUCUUUUCCAAGAUCCCGAGUGAUUUUCAAGAGCGACUCGCGUCGUCCAAGUGGAAAGACCGGAAAGAGGCUUUAGAGGCCCUGUACGCCGCGUUGAACGUCCCCAGAAUCAAAGACGGCCCGUUCGACGAUAUCGUUCGCCCGCUGGCCAAGUGCAUGAAGGAUGCGAACAUCGCCGUCGUGACCCUUGCGGCCAACUGCGUCGACCUCCUCGCCAAGGGGCUCAAGAACGGAUUCAUCAAGUAUCGAUCCACGAUCAUGUCGCCGAUAAUGGAACGGCUGAAGGAGAAGAAACAGAGCGUGGCGGAUGCGUUGGGUCAGGCGCUGGAUGCGGUCUUCAUAUCGACGAGUUUGACGGACUGUCUGGAGGAGAUCCUGGAGUACCUCAAGCACAAGAACCCCCAGGUGAAGCAGGAGACCCUGAAAUUCCUGAUCCGCUGUCUGCGCACGACGAAAGACGUGCCCGCCAAAGCCGAAGUCAAAUCCAUCGCCGACGCCGCCACGAAGCUCCUGACCGAUUCGAACGAGGUCAACCGUGCCGGAGGCGCCGAAGUACUGGGCACAUUGAUGAAGAUCCUGGGCGAGCGCGCGAUGAACCCUUACCUCGACGGCCUCGAUGAAAUCCGCAAGACGAAGAUCAAGGAGUUUUUCGAGACGGCACAGGUGAAGGCGAAGGAACGACCGAAGCCCGUCGCCCCCCCACCCAAGGCCGCCCCCAGCGCUGCCGGCAAGAGGGUCGUCGGUGGCAAGAAGCCGCUGGGCGGAAUGAAGAAACCCGCCGCGGCGUCGGCUCCGCCUCCCGAAGACCCCCCUGUGCUUUCGUCUCCCAAGCCCGCGACGCGAUCGAUCCCGUCCAAGCUCGCCGGUCCGCCCAAGGCCGGUGGUCUCCCGACCCCCGGGUCCAACCUCAAGAAGAAGCUGGGAGGCCCCGGAGGCAUCGCGUCUCCGCAGCGUCGGGUGGCCUCGCCCCCCACCGAAGACCAACCGCCCCCGCCUGCGGGGCCCAAAUUCGGCCUGGGGCGCGGGCUUGCCGGCCGUCCGAUUGCGAAGCCGGCCGCCGCGAGCGAACCGGCCCCGGCGCCAGCGGCACCACAAGUGAGCGGGAUGACCGCCGCGGAGCGAGCGGAGCUGGACGAGCUGCGCGAGGAGAAGGAGCGCUUCACGCGAACAGUGGAAGAUCUCAAGUACGAGCGGACCAAGUUACACUCGCAAAUCACGGAACUGCAAAACCAAAACGCGCAGCUCAUCGAAGACCACACGCGGGACGUCCUCGGCAUCAAAGCCAAGGAAACGCAGCUAGUCCGAGCACGCAGCGACGCCGAGACAUCAGAACAAUCCGUCCAGAAACAACAGCGCGAGAUCGAGCGACUCAAGCGCGAGCUCGCCCGGGCCCUCCGCGCCAGCGCCAUGAGCCCACCCACCGUCCUCUCCGACGGCACGAACAUGUCCACGCCAGACAUGGGCGCCAUGUCGCAGGACAACAACAGCCACGGGCCGAUGUCGCGGACGAGCGCGCACAUGGGAUCCCGCUUCGACAGCACCCGGCCGCGGAGUUUCGCGUCGGCGAGUCCCAGCGAAGAGAAGGAGAACACGGGGCUAGAAUCCCCCGGCCUCGGCAGCAGAGACAGCGGCAUUGGCCGGCGGAAGUUCAGCCCGUCGUACGGGGCGGGCACCGGCGCCGGAUACUCGGGGCUGGGCAGUCCGACUCGCUCGGCGUUUGGCUCUGGGAGUGCUUCUGGCGAGGAGCCGCAGCCGCGGAGUGGAGAGCCUGCUGAGAAUUGGAAGCGGGCGGCUGAGGUGACGAGUCAGCUGAAGGCGCGGAUUGAACAAAUGAAGGCACGACAAGGUCUCUCUCGACCACCGCCUUCUCAGCGUUAA